GAGGAGGCGGCGGCGGCUAGCGAGGAGCCAGAGCUGGGUCCUGCAGUAGGACUCCCAGGAGCCACCAUCAUGGUGAAGAGGAAGAGCUCCGAGGGCCAGGAGCAAGACAGCGGCCGCGGCAUCCCCCUGCCCAUCCAGACCUUCCUGUGGCGGCAAACCAGUGCAUUUUUGAGGCCUAAACUGGGAAAGCAAUAUGAAGCCUCAUGUGUGUCCUUUGAACGUGUGUUGGUAGAGAACAAGCUGCAUGGCCUUUCUCCAGCCCUCUCUGAAGCCAUCCAGAGCAUUUCCAGAUGGGAGCUAGUGCAAGCUGCUUUGCCUCACGUCCUGCACUGCACUGCAACCCUGCUUUCAAACAGGAACAAGUUAGGCCACCAAGAUAAACUGGGUGUUGCUGAGACAAAGCUCCUUCACACCCUUCACUGGAUGCUCCUAGAGGCCCCCCAGGACUGCAACAGUGAACGGUUUGGGGGCACAGACCGUGGCUCCAGCUGGGGUGGCAGCAGCAGUGCAUUCAUCCACCAGGUAGAAAACCAGGGUUCACCAGGGCAGCCUUGUCAAAGCAGCUCCAAUGAUGAAGAAGAGAACAACCGAAGGAAGAUCUUCCAGAACUCCAUGGCCACUGUAGAGCUCUUUGUAUUUCUCUUUGCUCCUCUGGUACACAGGAUCAAGGAAUCUGACCUAACCUUCCGACUGGCCAGUGGGCUUGUUAUAUGGCAGCCCAUGUGGGAGCACAGACAGCCCGAAGUCUCUGGCUUCACAGCACUGGUGAAGCCCAUCAGGAACAUCAUUACAGCUAAGAGAAGCUCUCCUAUCAACAGUCAAAGUCAAACCUGUGAAUCACCAAAUCAAGAUGCAAGACAUCGAGAGGGACUCCAGGUGGUCUGUGAAACUUUCCAGUCAGAUCCCAUGUCACCCAAGGCCACCAUUUCAGGCUGCCACCGAGGAAACUCCUUCGAUGGAAGUCUGUCCUCCCAGACUUCCCAGGAAAGAGGCCCAUCUCAUUCCAGAGCCUCUCUUGUGAUACCUCCAUGCCAAAGGUCCCGCUAUGCCACCUACUUUGACGUUGCUGUUCUUCGCUGCCUACUCCAGCCCCACUGGUCUGAGGAAGGCACUCAGUGGUCUCUGAUGUAUUAUCUACAAAGGCUGCGGCAUAUGUUGGAAGAGAAGCCUGAAAAGCCUCCAGAGCCAGAUAUUCCUCUCUUGCCCAGACCCAGGAGCAGCUCGAUGGUGGCAGCAGCUCCCUCACUAGUGAACACCCACAAAACCCAAGACCUCACCAUGAAGUGUAAUGAAGAGGAAAAAUCUCUUAGCCCUGAGGCCUUUUCUAAGGUUUCGUUGACCAAUUUACGUAGGUCUGCAGUCCCAGAUCUUUCUUCAGACCUUGGCAUGAACAUUUUUAAGAAGUUCAAGAGUCGCAAAGAAGACCGAGAGAGGAAAGGCUCUAUCCCAUUCCACCACACAGGGAAGAGGAGGCCCCGAAGAAUGGGGGUGCCAUUCCUGCUUCACGAGGACCACCUGGAUGUAUCCCCCACCCGAAGCACAUUCUCCUUCGGAAGUUUCUCUGGGCUUGGUGAAGACAGGCGAGGCAUUGAAAAAGGAGGCUGGCAAACCACCAUUUUAGGGAAAUUUACCCGGCGGGGCAGUUCAGAUGCAGCCACGGAGAUGGAGAGCCUGAGUGCCAGGCACUCCCACUCCCACCACACCCUGGUGAGUGACCUGCCAGAUCACUCCAACAGCCACGGAGAAAACACUGUCAAGGAAGUGCGAUCCCAGAUCUCCACAAUCACAGUUGCAACCUUCAACACCACCUUGGCAUCGUUCAACGUAGGCUACGCAGACUUUUUCAGUGAGCAUAUGAGGAAGCUCUGCAACCAGGUGCCUAUCCCGGAGAUGCCACAUGAACCCUUGGCAUGUGCGAAUCUGCCCCGAAGCCUCACAGACUCCUGCAUAAACUACAGCUACUUAGAGGACACGGAACAUAUCGAUGGGACGAAUAACUUUGUCCACAAGAAUGGCAUGCUUGAUCUUUCAGUGGUUCUGAAGGCUGUUUAUCUUGUCCUGAAUCAUGACAUCAGUUCUCGCAUCUGUGAUGUAGCACUAAACAUUGUAGAAUGUUUGCUUCAACUUGGUGUGGUGCCUUGUGUAGAAAAGAACAGAAAAAAGAGUGAAAACAAGGAACAUGAAACUACAGAAAAAAGAGCCAGUGAGGGAACCUUCCAGUUCAAAGGUGUAUCUGGAAGUUCACCCUGUGGAUUCGGGGGCCCUUCAGUUAGUGGAGCUGGAGAUGGUGGAGGAGAAGAAGGAGGUGGAGAUGGAGGCAGUGGAGGAGGUGAUGGAGGAGGAGGAGGAGGAGGCGGCGGAGGUGGACCUUAUGAGAAGAAUGAUAAGAACCAAGAGAAGGAUGAAAGUACACCUGUAAGCAACCAUAGGCUUGCUCUGACCAUGCUCAUUAAAAUAGUGAAGUCUUUGGGAUGUGCCUAUGGUUGUGGAGAAGGACAUCGAGGGCUCUCUGGAGAUCGUCUGAGACACCAGGUAUUCCGAGAGAAUGCCCAGAACUGCCUCACUAAGCUAUACAAGCUAGAUAAGAUGCAAUUCCGACAAACCAUGAGGGACUAUGUGAACAAGGACUCUCUCAAUAAUGUAGUGGACUUCUUGCAUGCUUUGCUAGGAUUUUGUAUGGAACCAGUCACUGACAACAAGGCUGGGUUUGGAAAUAACUUCACCACGGUGGACAACAAAUCCACAGCUCAAAACGUGGAAGGCAUCAUCGUCAGCGCCAUGUUUAAGUCCCUUAUCACACGCUGCGCUUCAACCACGCAUGAAUUGCACAGCCCUGAAAAUCUGGGGCUGUAUUGUGACAUUCGUCAACUGGUCCAGUUUAUCAAAGAGGCUCAUGGAAAUGUCUUCAGAAGAGUGGCCCUCAGUGCUUUGCUUGACAGUGCUGAGAAGUUGGCACCAGGGAAAAAGAUGGAGGAGAAUGAAUCAGAAUCUAAGACUGCAGGCAGUAAAAGGUCAGAGGCGGGAAGCAUUGUGGAUAAAGGCCAGGGGUCCUCUGCACCUGAGGAGUGUCGUAGCUUCAUGUCUGGUCGCCCCUCACAGACUCCAGAGCACGAUGAACAAAUGCAAGGGGGCAACCUAGGGCGGAAGGAUUUCUGGCGCAAGAUGUUCAAAUCCCAGAGUGCAGCAAGUGACACCAGCAGCCAGUCUGAACAGGACACUUCAGAAUGCACCACUGCCCAUUCAGGGACCACCUCUGACCGUCGCACCCGCUCACGCUCCCGCAGAAUUUCCCUCCGGAAGAAACUUAAACUGCCCAUAGGUAAAAGAAACUGGCUGAAGCGGUCCUCCCUCUCGGGCCUAGCAGAUGGUGUGGAGGACCUUCUGGACAUCAGCUCUGUGGACCGCCUCUCUUUCAUCAGGCAAAGUUCCAAGGUAAAAUUUACCAGUGCAGUGAAGCUUUCUGAAGGUGGACCAGGGAGUGGAAUGGAAAAUGGAAGAGAUGAAGAGGAGAAUUUCUUCAAACGUCUUGGUUGCCACAGUUUUGAUGACCAUCUGUCUUCCAAUCAAGAGGGUGGAAAAAGCAAAAACGUGGUGAAUCUUGGAGCGAUACGACAAGGCAUGAAGCGCUUUCAGUUUCUGUUAAACUGCUGUGAGCCAGGGACAAUUCCUGAUGCAUCCAUCCUGGCAGCUGCUUUGGAUCUUGAAGCUCCGGUGGUAGCCAGAGCAGCUCUGUUCCUGGAAUGUGCCCGGUUUGUUCACCGCUGUAACCGUGGCAACUGGCCAGAGUGGAUGAAAGGGCAUCAUGUGAAUAUCACCAAGAAAGGCCUUUCCAGGGGCCGCUCUCCCAUCGUGGGCAACAAACGGAACCAGAAGCUGCAGUGGAAUGCUGCCAAGCUCUUCUACCAAUGGGGAGACGCGAUUGGUGUCCGGUUGAAUGAGCUGUGCCAUGGGGAAAGUGAGAGCCCUGCCAACCUGCUGGGUCUCAUUUAUGAUGAGGAGACCAAGAGGAGACUGAGAAAGGAGGAUGAGGAGGAAGACUUUUUAGAUGACAGUACUGUGAACCCCUCUAAAUGUGGCUGUCCCUUUGCCUUGAAGAUGGCAGCGUGCCAGCUUCUCCUGGAGAUCACUACCUUCCUGCGAGAAACCUUUUCUUGCUUGCCCAGACCACGCACUGAGCCGCUGGUGGACUUGGAGAGCUGUAGACUUCGUUUGGAUCCUGAGUUGGACCGGCACAGAUAUGAGAGAAAGAUCAGCUUUGCUGGGGUCCUGGAUGAAAAUGAAGACUCCAAAGAUUCCCUCCACAGUAGUAGCCACACCCUCAAAUCAGAUGCAGGGGCCGAGGAGAAGAAAGAAGGGAGUCCUUGGAGUGCAAGUGAGCCCAGCAUCGAGCCAGAGGGAAUGAGUACUGCUGGCACAGAAGAAAAUUACCACAGGAGCAUGUCAUGGCUUCAUGUCAUGAUCUUGCUGUGCAAUCAGCAGAGCUUCAUCUGCACCCACGUCGACUACUGCCACCCUCACUGUUACCUGCACCACAGCCGCUCCUGCGCCCGGCUGGUCAGAGCCAUCAAGCUGCUCUACGGAGACACCGUGGACUCCCUCCGGGAGAGUAACAGCAGCAGCAGUGUGGCUCUCCGGGGCAAGAAACAAAAAGAGUGUUCAGAGAAGUCAUGCCUGCGGACACCUUCUCUGAAGAAGAGAGUUUCAGAGGCCAACCUGGAAGGGAAGAAGGACUCGGGAAUGCUAAAAUACAUCAGACUGCAGGUGAUGAGCCUGUCACCUGCUCCUUUAUCUCUGCUAAUCAAGGCAGCACCAAUUCUGACAGAAGAGAUGUAUGGAGACAUCCAGCCAGCUGCCUGGGAACUCCUGCUCAGCAUGGAUGAGCACAUGGCCGGGGCAGCAGCUGCCAUGUUCCUGCUGUGUGCGGUGAAAGUCCCCGAGGCUGUGUCUGACAUGUUGAUGUCCGAGUUCCACCACCCAGAGACAGUACAGAGGCUGAAUGCUGUUCUCAAAUUCCACACACUCUGGAGGUUUCGCUACCAGGUCUGGCCCCGGAUGGAGGAAGGAGCACAGCAGAUUUUCAAGAUCCCGCCUCCCAGUAUAAACUUCACCCUGCCCUCACCAGUGCUUGGAAUGCCAUCUGUCCCAAUGUUUGACCCCCCUUGGGUGCCUCAAUGCAGCGGGAGUGUCCAGGACCCCAUUAAUGAAGACCAGUCUAAAUCCUUUUCAGCCCGGGCUGUGUCCCGCUCCCAUCAGAGAGCAGAACACAUCUUAAAGAACUUGCAACAGGAGGAAGAGAAGAAACGUCUUGGUAGAGAAGCCAGCCUCAUCACCGCCAUCCCUAUCACCCAGGAGGCUUGUUACGAGCCCACCUGCACACCCAACUCAGAGCCAGAAGAAGAAGUAGAAGAAGUCACCAAUCUGGCAUCCCGUCGACUAUCUGUGAGUCCGUCCUGUACCUCCAGCACUUCCCACAGGAAUUACUCCUUCCGCCGAGGGUCAGUCUGGUCUGUGCGUUCAGCUGUUAGUGCUGAAGAUGAGGAACACACCACUGAACACACACCAAACCACCAUGUGCCUCAGCCUCCUCAAGCGGUGUUCCCAGCAUGCAUCUGUGCAGCAGUGCUCCCCAUCGUUCAUCUAAUGGAGGAUGGUGAAGUGCGGGAAGAUGGAGUAGCAGUGAGUGCUGUGGCCCAGCAAGUCUUAUGGAAUUGUCUAAUUGAAGAUCCAUCAACAGUUCUUCGACAUUUUCUGGAAAAACUGACCAUCAGCAAUAGACAAGAUGAGUUAAUGUACAUGCUACGCAAACUUCUCUUAAAUAUUGGAGAUUUUCCUGCUCAGACAUCUCACAUCCUCUUCAACUACUUGGUGGGAUUAAUCAUGUACUUCGUGCGGACCCCCUGCGAGUGGGGGAUGGAUGCCAUUUCAGCCACCCUGACUUUCCUGUGGGAGGUGGUGGGUUAUGUGGAGGGCCUCUUCUUCAAGGAUCUCAAGCAGACCAUGAAGAAGGAGCAGUGCGAGGUAAAGCUGCUGGUGACCGCUUCCAUGCCAGGUACCAAAACCUUGGUAGUUCACGGACAGAAUGAAUGUGAUAUCCCAACCCAGUUACCAGUCCAUGAAGACACUCAGUUCGAAGCCCUGCUCAAGGAAUGUUUGGAGUUUUUUAAUAUCCCAGAAUCUCAGUCAACCCAUUAUUUUCUCAUGGACAAACGAUGGAAUCUUAUCCACUACAAUAAGACAUAUGUUCGGGAUAUUUAUCCUUUCCGGAGAUCAGUAUCCCCACAGCUGAACCUUGUACAUAUGCAUCCAGAGAAAGGACAGGAGCUCAUUCAGAAGCAGGUGUUCACUCGGAAGCUGGAGGAAGUCGGGCGGGUUUUGUUUCUCAUCUCCCUGACUCAGAAGAUCCCCACAGCCCACAAACAGUCCCAUGUCUCCAUGCUCCAGGAAGACCUCCUCCGACUACCCUCAUUCCCCCGAAGUGCUAUUGACGCUGAAUUUUCACUCUUCAGUGAUCCACAAGCUGGUAAGGAGCUGUUCGGCCUCGACACUCUUCAGAAAAGCUUGUGGAUCCAGCUCCUGGAAGAGAUGUUCCUGGGCAUGCCGAGCGAGUUUCCCUGGGGAGAUGAAAUCAUGCUCUUCCUCAAUGUGUUCAACGGGGCUCUGAUCCUCCACCCAGAAGACAGCGCCCUGCUCCGGCAGUACGCCGCCACCGUCAUCAACAGUGCUGUGCACUUCAACCACCUGUUCUCUCUCAGCGGCUACCAGUGGAUCUUGCCCACCAUGCUGCAGGUGUACUCCGAUUAUGAAAGUAACCCCCAGUUGCGUCAAGCCAUCGAAUUUGCCUGCCACCAGUUCUACAUUUUACACCGGAAACCGUUUGUGCUGCAGCUGUUUGCGAGUGUGGCCCCUCUCCUGGAGUUUCCUGAUGCUGCCAAUAAUGGACCCAGCAAAGGCGUGUCAGCCCAGUGCCUGUUUGACCUGCUGCAGUCCCUGGAAGGAGAGACCACUGACAUACUAGACAUCUUAGAGCUGGUCAAAGCUGAGAAGCCUCUUAAAUCAUUAGAUUUCUGCUAUGGAAACGAAGACCUGACAUUCUCUAUAAGCGAGGCCAUUAAACUCUGUGUGACUGUGGUGGCAUACGCUCCGGAGUCAUUCAGAAGUCUUCAGAUGCUGAUGGUCUUGGAAGCUCUAGUUCCCUGUUACCUACAGAAGCUAAAGAGACAGACAUCACAAGUGGAGACGGUGCCUGCGGCCCGAGAGGAGAUCGCAGCCACAGCUGCUCUGGCGACAUCCCUGCAGGCCCUUUUGUACAGUGUAGAGGUCCUCACCAGGCCCAUGACAGCCCCACAGAUGAGCAGGUGUGACCAAGGUCAUAAGGGAACCACCACAGCCAAUCACACCAUGUCGUCUGGGGUGAACACUAGGUACCAGGAACAAGGCGCCAAACUGCACUUUAUCAGGGAAAAUCUUCACUUACUGGAGGAAGGGCAAGGCCUUCCCAGAGAGGAACUUGAUGAACGCAUUGCUCGGGAGGAGUUCCGAAGGCCUCGGGAGUCCCUGCUGAAUAUCUGUACGGAAUUUUACAAGCACUGCGGGCCCAGGCUGAAGAUCUUGCAAAAUCUGGCUGGGGAGCCACGGGUUACCGCCCUGGAGUUGCUGGAUGUGAAGUCACACAUGAGGUUGGCAGAAAUUGCACACUCCCUUCUGAAGCUGGCGCCAUACGACACCCAGACGAUGGAGAGCCGCGGGCUUCGGCGCUACAUCAUGGAGAUGCUGCCCAUUACGGACUGGACAGCCGAGGCAGUGAGGCCAGCCCUUAUCCUCAUUUUAAAGAGAUUGGAUAGAAUGUUCAACAAAAUUCAUAAGAUGCCUACUUUGAGGCGACAGGUUGAGUGGGAGCCUGCCAGCAAUUUGAUUGAAGGGGUUUGUUUGACACUUCAGAGGCAGCCAAUCAUAUCCUUCCUGCCUCACCUUAGGUCACUGAUCAAUGUCUGUGUCAAUCUGGUGAUGGGAGUGGUAGGACCUUCCAGUGUUGCUGAUGGAUUACCCCUUCUUCAUCUCAGCCCUUAUCUCUCACCACCUCUGCCCUUCAGCACAGCUGUUGUCCGGCUUGUAGCAUUGCAGAUACAGGCUUUAAAAGAAGAUUUUCCCUUAAGCCAUGUGAUCUCCCCAUUCACCAAUCAAGAGCGAAGGGAGGGAAUGCUUUUAAAUCUACUCGUCCCAUUUGUGCUCACAGUAGGAUCUGGAAGCAAAGACAGCCCAUGGCUCGAGCAGCCUGAGGUGCAGCUGCUCCUGCAGACGGUCAUUAACGUACUCCUGCCGCCGCGGAUCAUCAGCACAUCCAGGAGCAAGAACUUCAUGCUGGAGAGCUCCCCCGCCCACUGCUCCACCCCUGGGGAUGCGGGCAAAGACUUGCGCAGGGAGGGGGGGCUGGCCGAGUCCACCAGCCAAGCUGCGUAUUUGGCGCUGAAGGUGAUUCUCGUCUGCUUCGAGAGGCAGCUGGGAAGCCAGUGGUACUGGCUGAGCCUCCAGGUGAAGGAGAUGGCUCUGCGCAAGGUGGGGGGCCUGGCCCUGUGGGACUUCCUCGACUUCAUCGUGAGGACCCGAAUCCCCAUCUUCGUGCUCUUGCGGCCGUUCAUCCAGUGCAAGCUUCUGGCCCAACCGGCAGAAAAUCAUGAAGAGCUCUCCGCCCGGCAACACAUCGCCGACCAGCUGGAGCGACGCUUCAUCCCACGCCCGCUGUGCAAGAGCUCCCUCAUCGCCGAGUUCAACAGUGAACUCAAAAUCCUAAAAGAGGCAGUUCACAGUGGCUCAGCCUACCAAGGGAAGACGUCCAUCAGUACUGUAGGCACAUCCACCUCCGCUUACCGCCUGAGCCUGGCCACCAUGUCCCGCUCCAACACGGGCACUGGCACUGUCUGGGAGCAGGACAGUGAACCCUCCCAGCAGGCUUCGCAAGACACCCUGAGUAGGACUGAUGAGGAAGAUGAGGAAAAUGACUCUGUAAGCAUGCCCAGUGUGGUAAGUGAACAAGAAGCUUACCUCCUGAGCGCCAUUGGAAGGAGGCGGUUCUCCAGCCACGUCUCUAGCAUGUCUGCACCUCAGGCUGAGGUGGGCAUGUUACCCAGCCAAAGUGAACCUAAUGUCCUCGAUGACUCCCAGGGCCUGGCCGCUGAGGGCAGCCUCUCUAGGGUGGCAAGUGUCCAGAGUGAACCUGGCCAACAGAACCUCCUCAUUCAGCAGCCAUUGGGGAGAAAGAGGGGCCUGAGGCAGCUAAGACGUCCUCUACUGUCACGUCAGAAGACACAGACUGAACCCAAAAACCGCCACGGGGCUCGGCUGUCAACCACUCGCAGGAGUAUUCAACCUAAAACGAAGCCAUCUGCGGACCAGAAACGUUCUGUGACCUUCAUUGAGGCUCAGCCGGAGCCAGCCACCACCCUUCCAGAAACACUUCCCGCCACAGGCCAGCCACAAGGCUGCAGUCCAGCCCCAUCUAAGAAGCUGGAAGGAAUGGGCAAACCAGUCCUCACGUCUUCCCCUGCCAUUGUAGUUGCUGAUCUUCACAGCCUGUCUCCCAGGCAGAGUGAGCCCCUCCCCGCCGAAGAAGGAGAAAAGAAGGAGGACGCAGAAGUCCAAGGUGCUCCAGCCCACGGCCCCCUCUCUGCGCAACUCUCAGACCCUGAUGAAUUCACAGGCCUUGAGACAUCCAUCCUCCUACAGCACGGAGACACCGUCCUUCACAUCAGCGAGGAACAUGGCAUGGAGAACCCCCUGCUGUCCAGCCAGUUCACUCUUACCCCCACCCAGUUGGAGGAGACUGACGGAGACCUAGAUGAGUCUCAUGUUUAAUUCCAUAUCUUGUUAAGAGUGGCAGGGGUAGGCAAGAUGUAGGAGGGAUCGCUUUGCUAAAAGGUGAACACUUUUGCUUGGAAAAGAUGAAAACACAGCACUUUACAUCCAAUGGGUGACACAAAUCUCAGUAGAUUUUGCUGCUAAUGUGCACGUUUCAUAAACAUCUUUAAAAAAAUCAAUGGCUAAGAUAAUUUGGUUGUGUGAAGACCAUAAAAACCAGGGAAGACUAAGAGGAAAGAGCCAUUUCACUGCACAAUGUUUAUGAUUCAAGAAGCCUUGAGCAGUUAAAAAUAUAUACUAUUAUGGAGCUGCUUACUUAGGAAUCUUAACAAAUAAUAUGUUCUAAAAAGAGAAUGCAAUUUUUGAGAUUACUCACAUUAUACAUCUCAUGCAAAUGUUUAUUUUUAUAGUUUCAAAAGUAUUAAAUCAGGUGGCUGUAUGAAUAGCAAUUUACAUAAAAAUGAUCAAUAAGGAAAAUAUUAGUUUGAGAAGACUAAUAAAUAAGCCUGCAGCCAUUUUUGCUUUGAUCAACAAUACAGCCAUUUACAAGAAGGAAAAAAAAAAUACUAUUUUUAAAGCUGUGGAUUUUUCAAUAUUUAUUUUUCAACCGCCAUUUACCUUGCAUGUUGUAAAUCAAAAUGCUAAUGCCCUAAGAUCAUUCCAUUUCACAACCACAUUAGACAGAAAAUAUUCUGAAAAAGAAUCAGACAUAAUUUUGAAUUAAGAACCUAAACAGCCAAUACUAUGAUGAAAACUAAAUGUAAAUAUAAUAGCUAGAAAGAGAUGGUAUUCCUACUUCUAGCCACGACCACAUCAAUGCCAAGAUGAGGAGAUAUUUGAAGAUAUGAUUCAGUAUCCUGUGCCGGCCCUUCAGGGCAUAUUUUCAGAUAUUAAGGUUAUUGUUAGAAUUGGGUCAAUAAAAUAACUUCUUCUCAAUGUUAACAAUUUUCCUAUGAUCCUUUAGACAUCUAUGUUUAUGAGGAAAAAUUAUAAAGUGAGCAAUCUCUUCAUAGACACAGUCAGCUUGUGUAUUUAAUGUCAAGAAAAGCAUAAAACUUAGAAGGCUCAUGAGGCCUUAUCUAGAGUGUUACUAAUCCUGUAGUAGGGCUUGGCAUCAUAUAGUUCAAAACCGAAUUUCAAAAUUUUAACAGUUUACAUUAGAAAACUGUUACACAACUACUAAACUUAUAAAAAUCCAUAUAUGUACCUAAAUUGGUGUGGGGGAUGUAUGCACACGUGUGUGUGUGUGUGUGUGUGUGUGUGUGUGUGUGUGUACGCCCACAUGCAUUUUUCUAGUACUCCAAUUAAAGUUACAGCUUUUGAUUACAUUGCAAUGAAUUGAAAACACAUUCUGUAUGCUUCAACUUCAACUCUGUUGACUAUGAAAAGUAUGUUUAUAAAGAGAGAAGACCUGCUGAAGUCACCCAAAUCACAAAGGAAAGUUAUUUUUUCUGUUAGAAUUGCUUAUUAAAUAGGUAUUGCUUAGGUUGUGAUUUAUAUUUUCAAAUAGAACUUGGGGGUUUGGUCCCAUUUACUAAGAGAAUGAAAGAUAUCUGUGUGUUAAAGAUAAUGGACAAAAUGACAAUUUUCAAAUCUAAAGCUUGAGAAAAUAGAGGUGGUGUAUGGCCUCCUUUCAUGUUUUACACAAUUUUCAGAGUAUUUACUUAAUGCUGAAUUAAUUUUCAAGUGCAGAAAUAUACAUAUAAAGUGGUUUUAUGAUUCUUUCUAAGCUGAUGUAUUUUGCCUGUUAAAAAUUAUGCUGCUCAAUUAGUGUUAGAGGCCUUAUGUUUGGUAAUUACCAGUGUCUGGGCUAUAUGAGUCUCUAUAUAUGUGUGCACUUUGUUCCAGUUUUUUGAUUCUUGAUCCAAAUUCUCCACGUAUAAUUGUAUCAAAUAUUUUUUAAAAAGUAAAGGGGUCAAAGAAGAUUGUUGAAUAUCUGAGAAUUCUAAAUAACUUAACGUGUACUUAAAAAGUACUGGGCUGUUUUGAACAUGAUGAUAUUGGCAUGCCUGCCUUUCAGCCUGACUCCUCCACUCUAGUGUUAUGGAAGUCUGUUGGAAACAUUUUUAAUAAGCUAAGUUGUUGCACCUUGCAAAAAAAAAGCCUCCACUCUGAGAAACAGGGCCUUAUAGAGUGGGAAUGUUUUCAUACUGGGACUACUGAGGUUUUGCAGAUGUGUGCAUCUGUUCCAUUUAAGGUGCCCUUAAAUGUGUUGAAUGUAAUGUGUUGAAUGUUUAUGUGUAAUUGAUAAAGUAUUUAUAUGUAUGUGCAUAAGAUUGUCUCAAGAUGUAUUCUCAGGAGUACUGUUACCUGGAGUUUGAAAGAAUAACUAUUAAAAAAAAAAAAAAACAGUUGGGGAAGAU